UUAGACUUUACAGUGUAACUGGGCCUGUGCUGUGGAGAGGUGGGAGGUAGUUGCCAUGUCUACAACAGGGAAAAUAAGAGCUUUGUUUCUGGUCAAAAUAUCGGUUUCCAUUGCCAACUUGUAUUGUGUCAGAAGUCUGUUUGUACUCUAGGAUUAGCACGAUGAAAAGAUCCAAGAGAAAGCGCUCAGUACAGUGUACAAUUUCAACAGACAAACACAUGUGUUUACACUGUGAACCGCAUGUGUUAGUUGCAGAUUUUAAAGACGUUAAAGAUGCCUAAAAUUAUAUUCUCUGACAAGAGUAUAAACAUUUGGUUGCACUCAGUGGUCACACCUAUGUGUUGCUCCAUAAGAUUAAAUCUACUGCGUGACUGAUUGUUUCAUCUUAAAUAAAACAGAGUAGUGCAGAGGGUUUGCAUUUGUCACUUAAUUUUAGUUGUUUGAAUUUGUUCUACUAUUUUGCUUUUGACUUUGUCUUUUGUUUCACUUAAAAGUUAUCAAAUCAGAAAGUUAAGAAGGUUUCUUAUGAAAAGAUUUCUGUGUUUAGAGUGGAUUCUACAGGAUCAAGUUAAUACCAGACUAAUCAGCAAGAUACUUGAAGUAAAAUCUGCAAAUUUUCUGUCUAAAAUAUUUUCCUAAACUGUAACUUGUUACUGAUUCAAACGCUGGUACAAGCACAUUACAUUUCCUCAUUUUAAAUAGGAAGCCCUACCCUCCAGUGCAGUCUUCAGAGUGAAAAUGAUGAAGCCCCUAUAACUUCUUUCUUGAUCUACAUGAGAGGUCUGCCCCUGGCCUUAGCCUCACAUAUGGCUUCCUCCAACGUGCUCUUCCAACCAAAGUGGCGGACACUGGCUGCAGUGACCACUUUGGCUCUAGUGCUUAUGUUGUAUCUGCGUCAGACAGUUGAAGACACAGCACAUAGCAUUCACAAAUUGCCAUUACAUAAUAAGGAAGGUGUCAUGAUUGAAUCAUAUGAACAAGAUCCAUAUAGACUCUUUCAACGCCAGAGAAGGCAAACUGCUUAUAACAAAACAUAUCCACUGAGUCCACCACAGAGGACAAAGGAUGGUGUUCGGUAUCGGAUUGGUUUAAUCGCAGACCUGGACACAGCCUCCAGAAGUUCAAAGGAGCAAACCUGGUUCAGCUACAUGAAAAGAGGACACCUCAAGCUCUCAGACAGUGGGGACAGUCUGCAGGUGGAGUGGGACACGGACAUAGUAACACUCGAGAGUCAUCUGUCCGAGAAAGGAAGAGGCAUGGAGCUCUCGGAGCUGGUCGUUUUCAAUGGACACUUGUAUAGUGUGGACGAUCGCACUGGGGUGGUGUUCAGGAUCGAGGGGAGCCGCGCUGUGCCCUGGGUCAUACUGCCUGACGGAGAUGGCUCAGUCUCAAAAGGCUUCAAGGCUGAAUGGCUGGCCGUUAAGGACGAGCACCUUUAUGUGGGCGGCCUGGGAAAGGAGUGGACCACGACUUCAGGAGAGGUGGUCAACAAUAACCCAGAGUGGGUGAAGGUUGUUGGUUGUCAUGGUGAUGUCCACCAUGAAAACUGGGUGCUGAAUUACAACAGCUUACGAAACGCUGCUGGGAUCCAUCCACCAGGCUAUCUUAUCCAUGAAUCUGCUGUAUGGAGUGAGACCCUUCAGCGGUGGUUUUUCCUCCCUCGACGGGCCAGUCACGAGCGCUAUGAAGAAACUGCAGAUGAGCGCAGAGCCACAAACCUGCUCCUGUCAUGCCCAGCAGACUUUAGCUACAUACAACUAAGUCAAGUUGGCCCACUCAAUCCAACACAUGGCUUUUCCUCUUUUAAGUUUGUCCCAGGUACAGAGGAUAAGAUUAUUGUGGCCCUAAAAUCAGAAGAGGAUGCUGGAAAAAUAGCCACAUAUAUGAUGGCAUUCACACUGGAUGGACAUGUGCUCAUGCCUGAGAUAAAGAUAGGGGAUGUGAAGUACGAGGGAUUAGAGUUUAUUUAAGGAUAUUUGCUGUGGUUUAGGAGAGAGACAGGUCCAAAGCAUUACUUUACUGUAGUUAAUGUGCAAUAUUGUUUUAACUAUCUGUAUAAGAGAAGCAAUGGAGACUAAAGGCCAGAAUGGAUAUUUUUGUGAAGCAAAUAUGCCUAUAACCACUGUUUAUUCUGUUCAUAACACAUUUUAACUUAAACUCAGGGGAAGAGGUUUUCGAUCUACAAAUAGUGAAUGUCCUUAACUACUUGAACUUAACUGAAUGCUGUUUUUACUUUGAAAUAGUCUUUUAUGAGUUCACUACAUUUCAUGUGUUAUUAACUUUUACCUGGAAACACUGCCUUCAGCUGUGCAAUUUAUUUGUAAUAACCCCAAACUAAAACAUUUUAUUACAAAUAAAUCAAAUAUUUAUUUUUUAUUCUCAGUACUGAAAUGAUUAAACUUAAUAUUUAAACAA